GUUUUUAAUCAACAAAUAGAGAAGAGAGAGAGAGGAAAUCCAAUAUUUGGAUAGACCCACAUGAGCUACCAAACAAUGCCCCUAGUAAACAGAAAGCUGCAACUUUGCCUCAUUCCUUCCCUUCCUUUCUUAUCCAGACACUCUUCUUAACCAGUUUCCAACUUAACCCUUUUCUCUUCCCUCUCAAAAGAAUAUCACAAACUAUGCAGUCUUCUUCUUCACUCCAACCACUACUCUCCUUCCCACCCAAUCACAAGCCUCUAACCUUCAGUGAAGUCUCCUCAGCUCAUGGAAUCUUCUUCAACAGAGCAAUAAGAAGAAAAUCAUGUUCUUCAAAGUCUUGGGUUGCUGUUCAUGCAGUGGAGAAGAACUCUCAACAACAAGAACAAUAUGAGGUAGACACAGAUCAGGCUAAGCAAGCCCUGCAGCAACUUGACCAGCAGCUCCAACAACUCUCCACAAAGCAAGUCUCCCCUCCAAAAGUUAAAGCUUCAGAAGUGAAGAUUACAAGGGAGCAAGUGAAGGAAGAGUUCAGAGAGAUUCCAGUUACUGUGGUUCCAUAUCUUGUAGUUGUUCUGUUUGCCUUCAGCAUCUUCUACAAUGUACUGUUCCUCACUGUGAUAAAGCCAGCCAUAGAUGGGCCAGAGCUAACCCCUGGAGCUACAAUCAGGGUGGAAAUGGAACCAUCUCGAUACAGAGUUAUGCAGUUGAUGCAGCCAUUAACCCCUGAAGGGUUCCUGUAAUUAUGCUUACACAUAUAUAGAGAUGAAUGUGAGAAAUGGUAUAUAUAAUGAAAAGAUUCAUUAUUAUACCUCUCUUCCAUGCCAACUUGGAGGUUGUUACGAGAUGCACUAGAGAUUGUUGGAGAGCCCAGCUUAGUGCCUGUGGAGAAAUACAUGGGAAUGUGGAGGUGGUGGAUGAAGUUGGCAGGAAUUUGAUAGACUUAGAGCCCUCAAAUCAUAUGAACUAUGUGCUGCUUUCAAGUGUUAAUGGAUUGGUUAAUAGAUGGGAAGUUGUUUGGAAGCCAAGGAAGGAGAUUGAACUUAAAGAGUUGACUAAAACACUUUGAAUAUGGUGUAGUUCAUGAGUUGCUCAGCUGGUGGGGAUGUUGGUUCGACAAACUAAAGACGUGUGUUCG